UCUCGUGUUGCCAGGCAACCGCGGAGCGCAGUUCAGUAAACUUCAGUUCCACCGAUAGAAUUUGAAAGGUGCGCCCUUAGCAACCUGACCGUCAUGGCAAAAAUUAUAGGAGAAAAAAAAAGUCUGUGGCAGCAAGUUUGUGACGAAUAUGACUCUCAGUACCCGCCUCCACUGGAGAAUGCAGCCUCUGACACAUGUUCGGUUGAAACCUGUGUCUCGCAGUACAGCGCCAGCAAGCACUCGCCAGUCUUCCACGGGAUCAUGGCAUCCAAGGUGGCAGUGGACACAGGGCUGUUUAAUGAUUUUGAACCGCAGUGCUCUCACCCCGCGCUGGCAGGCUACGCUGUGGCCCCAAGACCCCCCCAGCCCAAAUUGGUCACGCCGGAAAUCAUUGACCCACACACAUGCUCUCCAAAGGAAUACCUGGAGAACUAUUUGUUCCCUGCGCUACUCCCAGGAAUGGAGGCCAUGCUGGCACAGGCACAAUGGGAAUGCUGUCUUGAGAGAAAGCGAACCAGGUUCAACGCAUGUGAUUUCCUGACUGAAUGGCUAUAUAAUAAGAACCCACGGCGACUAGAGCAGGAGCCUGUGAGCUUUGAUGAGAUUCCAUUUGUCAGGGACUGGCUCAGAGAACAUCCUCGACCUCCUAUCCCACUAUCUCUGCUGCUGUCAGAUGAAUCUGCAGCUAUACUAAUCCAGGCUGGCUGGAGGGGCUAUAAGGUGCGCUGUGACCCUGAGGUGCAGGAGCUGAGGCAGUGGCAGAAGGAGCUGCGAGAGGAGAGCCGGGACAUUGGACAGAGGGUACAGGAGUUCUGGGCCAAUCAGGAGUCCAGAGGUAGGAGAGGAAUGUUGGAAAGAGUUGGACGUGAGCUGGAGGACACGAGUCAAGCAAACCGAUCAGGAGUUUGCAUCCGGGUCCUGUCACCCACGCCUCAGAACACAGUCAUCCUGUGACACCCGGACCAGCUCCCAGGAAGCCUGGUCCAGGGAUGCGCUUCAGCCUUGCCAGGGUCCAAGUUCUUCUGCGUGAUGAGCGCAGCAUUCGCUUUUGAUUCAUAUGACUGGGAUAUAUUUAGAGGAUCAAAAGAGCAACAGUAUUGAAUAUCCCCUAGGUCAACAAAGAGUGUAUGAACCAGUUUAUACUGUAUACAUUAAAGAAAAGUUAUACGUUUGAACUAAUAUUUAUGGUUUGCAUCUAUUACUGGGGCAAACAUAGUUAAUUACACUAAGAUCGAUGUAGUAGUGUAUAUACUGUGAUUGACUAUCUAUAUCAUCAAAAUAUCAUUAAAAAAUGUUUUAACCAGUCCAGUGAAUCUAGCAUUCCUUGUAGUAUAUUUUCCAUUUUCAGUUGCUGGCUGGAAAAUCCGAAGUUAAUAGACUGUAACAGAACCACUGAUGAUCUAUUAUAAGAUACUUGUACCAGAUAUCGACAACUUAAUUUUAUUAAAAUAAACAGAAGCCCACAGCUGGUUAGUCUAAUCAAAUAGCUUUUUUAAAGACAUUGUCUAUGAAAUAUGAUAAUGCUGCAUUAACAGCUCCCUCUGGAGAUGGCAGGAUCAACUUGGACUAAUGCAGUUUCAGAGCCUCAUAGUAUUUACAGUAAAAUGUUGGUGCAGGGAAACAAAUAUAAUACCAGUUGUGUUACUGGAUAGAUUAUGCACAAAAAAAACCCCAUAAAAAAAUGAAAAUGCAUGAGAAAGCAAGGCAACUGACAUGAACAUGAACCAGACUGGAGAGCAGAACUAAAAAGACCAGGACAAGUCAGAAUUGAUCAAUACUAUACGCUGCCAUCACCUGUCCUGCUUAUUAAACACAUGUUGUUUUCUUGUAUUUGAGUUUGGUUUGCGCUGAGCUCAGCCUAGCUUUACUAACUGGUAAAUGCCUUCUGUCUGAUUUGCUGAUUCCAAGGCAACACUGGUGGAACAUUUAGUUUCUAAUUCCAGAUGAAACUACUAAGGUGAAAAAUAAAAUAGAUAACAUUGGAUCGCUGAUGCCAGGCUGUGUGAUAGAAGUUUUUAUAUAAUUAGUUCCCUUCAAAGACUCAUGAACCACUUCAUGUCAGUUUACUGGUCUGACAUAACUGAUUAAAAUGCAUAUAUUGUAGCCUGGCAUCAUGUGUUCUAUGCAGGGGUGAAUUAAUUGUUCAAAUAUAUUUACAAAGCCAGAAGAAAAUAUGCCAUCUGUACUUCCUAAUUAAAGGUCUAGUAUCUUAGCUGAAACACAAGGCUAAGUAAGCAUGUGACUUUGUUAUUUGUUCCAGAACAAUCAAAUGGGACAAGUGCUUUAGACCAUUGGGUUUAGCCUGAACUUGUUAAUCUUUAAACCAUUUUGGGUCUUUAACAAUGAAUCCAGAAGUUACAGUUUACUCACAAGGUUUUUAAAAGCCAUUUGAAACGCUUGACAGACAAAAUGAAACUACAAAAAGGAGUUUUAUUGAAAGUUUCUUUUCUUUCACUACAUACAAUAACAAGAGCUCUGUUCCAUCAGGAAAAAACAUGUUAAACAAUGGCAUGCUCCGAGUCCUCACAGUGUCAGCCCUGAAAAGAAACUAAAUCUCUCUUCACCCCUACAGGACCCAAAGCAGCCUCAAACACCCCUCCCUGCAUCCCUGCACCCCUGCACGGGACAUCCUGAGAGAGGUCCAGGUUAGGUUGUAACCAACUGGGCCUAAUACUGUGCAAUAUUUAAAUUGCUGACUGUCAGUAUCUAAUCUUCAGUACUGAGUUCUUUAGACAUUAUACAGUAGUUAUGAUCAUGGUAUCAGUUACACUUGUUUUAUUUUAAUAUGUGUCUCCAUAUUAAAUAAUGAAUCAUGUAUUUGAUAGAUAGUACUGGGUUCUCUGUACAGUAUUGUAUUUGCUGGCUCUCAGAUCACCAAUACUAUUUAUUGUGUAUUACUGCAAGAAUUUAGUAUGGAGUUCAAUUUACUGCACUGUAAUUAUUUAGCUGUCUCUUAGAGCCCCAGCACAAUUUCUAUAUUAUCAGAAAUUUGUAUUUUGGUAGCAAUAAAAAUCUAUUAAAACCUUA